GUAGACAACCUCCUCACAUAAUAACAUUCAAGUUUGCCAUUAUUCGACACCUGGGCAGCGAAGUGAUGUCGAACCGUGAUGAACAAUCGCCGCUGUUGCAGCACGACAGGGAGCGAGAUGGAGAAGAAGAACCGCAGACCAUUGAGUUCUCCAAGGAGGAUGACGACAACCCCAGGGCGUGGUCACGGUCCAAGAAGCUCACGAACAUCGCAGUCGUGGCGAUGAUGGCGAUCCUCAGUCCACUCGCCAGCUCCAUGUUCACGCCGGGAAUUAAUUCCAUCGCGGAAGACCUCGAUACCACAAUGAACGUCGUCAUAGGUGCCACCACGUGUUUCACUGUGAUGUUGGGAUUCGGACCCCUUGUCCUUGCGCCCUUGUCUGAGACCUUCGGCCGGAGGACGCUGUACCUGUUGUGCUUCUCGGCCUUCACGCUGCUCCAGAUUCCCACGGCGCUGAGCCCCAACGUGGAGACUUUGAUCGCCAUGAGGGUGCUUUCAGGUGCUGUUGGCAGUGUUGGCAUCGCAAAUGGCGGCGGGACGAUCAGUGAUAUGUUUGAGCCUCAUGAGAGAGCGGGCGUGUAUGGGUGGUACCUGCUUGGUCCGCUGCUGGGCCCGACAAUUGGACCUCUCUUCGGUGGUCUAAUAGUCCAAAGGCUGGGGUGGAGGUGGAUAUUCUGGGUCUUGGCCAUCGUCUGCGGAGUCAAUACACUCGCAGGAUUCUUCUUUCUGAGAGAAACCUACGCCCCAGUCAUCCUCGCCAAACGAAUGCGAGACCUCGAGAGCGACGGAGGCCGACAGGGAAGAUAUCGCUUCGCCGGCCAAGACACUCGCCCCCUGUCCUCCAGGCUCGCCACCGCAUUCUCAAGGCCGGUGCGGAUAUUCGUCCAACCCAUCGUCCUGACAUUGAGCCUCUAUCAGGCUCUCAUAUUCGGCACCACGUACAGCCUGUACACCAACUUCGAAGCCAUAUAUAGCGGCAUCUACGGGUUCAACACGGAACAAGUGGGUUUGAUGUAUCUGUUCCCCGGGGUGGGAUUCCUCAUAGCGGUGCGACUCAUCGUGCCACGCAUCGACGACGUCUACAACGCGCUGACACGUCGGAACAACCACAUAUCGAAACCGGAGUUUCGGCUGCCCCUGGCGAAUAUCGGCGCCAUCCUCGUGCCUGCCUCUCUAUUUUGGUUUGCAUGGACUGUCGAGGCCGAAGCGCACUGGCUCGCAACGAUCAGCAGCACGCUGUUCUACGGAAUCGGGCAGGUCCUGAUCGUCAACUGUGUCCAAAACUACUACAUCGACUCCUUCGAAAAGUACGCAGCAUCAGCCAUUGCUGCUGGCGCAGUAUUUAGGUCGGUGGUCGGAGGCAUCACGCCCUUGCUGGCACCUUCGCUGUUUGAUGCUUUAGGAUAUGGGUGGGGCAUAUCGGUGUUUGCGUUCCUCGCUGUCGCGCUUGCUCCGGCGCCAGUGGUGUUCUACACUUACGGUGAAAGAAUCAGGGAGUCAUUUCAUGUAGAUCUCGAUCGUUAGAUUAGGGAUGCCGUGGUAUUUGACAUACAGCACAAAACGG